CCGAGUUUGUAGGCAAAAUGAAGCAGUUUAUCACUUUCAACCUCUCCUUGGACCAGAUCAAUCUACUAAAUACUCACGAUCCUAUCAAGUAAAUUCCAUUCUCCUCCUGGUUUUGGUUUUAUGAUAUGUCACUUCUUUCACUACUUGAGCGGUCAAACUUUUGCCCUCAGCCUGAAGGUAAAACUUACCCCCGCUCGGCUGGCAAAACAUGUCGCCGAGCCAGUUGUAUAUAAUCCUAGGCAAAUGCUGGCGGGGUCAAUUUUUCUUUGAUGGACAACGACGCAAAAGAGCGAAAAGAGGUGGCUCCUUCACUGCCAAUAGCCAACCCUCCAUCCGAUCCUGAAAAACCACCACAACAUCAACAAAAGGAUGGCUCAUCGUCACUGCUCAGUAAACUUGGCCUUCGUCGAUCCAAAGCAACGAAGCCAAAAGCGCCCAAAAUAGGCGUAUUUACGCUGUUUCGAUACUCCAACAAGCGCGAUAAGCUCUUGAUCGCUAUUGCCUUCUUCUUCAGUAUGGGAGUGGGAGCUCUUCAGCCCAUUAAUACCAUUAUUCUCGGAACCUUUUUACGCAACUUUUCUGAUCUACUUACACAAGGCCCUGGAGCUGAUAUUCUAACGCCUGUUAUACCUGUUAUUCUGAUCUUUGUCUACCUCGGCAUCGCUAACUUGAUUGGAGGCUACAUCUGUCAAUGCUUUUGGAUUCUUUCCGGAGAAUUCCAAACUCGCCGUAUUCGCAAAAUGUAUGUGCAUGCUAUUUUACGCCAGGACAUGACUUGGUUUGAUAAGGCCGACGAAGGUUCCUUGACCACUCGACUCGCAGCCGACACCAAUCUCAUUCAAGAUGGUAUCAGUGAGAAAUUCGGCCAAUUGAUCCAAAGUCUCUCUCAAUUCAUCUGUGGCUUCGUCGUUGCCUUUGUCAAAGGCUGGCGCUUGGCUAUAGUCCUUUUGGCUGCGCUGCCAGUUAUGGCUGCUGUGGGCAUGUUUGUCACCUCCGGUAUAAGAAAAUUCACAGUCAGAGUCCAAGACGCUUAUGCUGAUGGUGGAGCCGUUGUUGAACAGGCUCUAUCUGGCAUUCGCACAGUCUAUACCUUCUCCCUUCAGAGCCGGUUUUCCACCCUUUACAAAGAACAAAUUCACAAGGCUUAUGUUGUUGGAAAAAAGAGAGCUGUCAUUCUCGGUAUUGGAUUUGGUACCUUUAUGUUUGUUCUCUUUUCAUGUUACGGUCUAGCAUUCUGGUAUGGUUAUACCCUUGUUGUUAAUCACGUCGAUAACAUGGAUGGAUCAGACAUCUUGGUUGUGUUCAUGUCCAUGAUGGUUGGUGCCAUGUCGUUACUUCAGCUUCCACAGCAGGUCAGCGCUGUCACCAGUGCCAUGGGAGCUGCUCACAAAAUUUACGCAACCAUUGAACGUAUACCUGAAAUCGAUUGUGAUCGUGAAGAUGGACUGAAACUUGAUCAUGUCAAGGGUCACUUUGAGUUCAAGAACGUCCAAUUUAAAUACCCAACUCGUCCAGAUACUACAGUCAUCCAUGACUUGACCUUGGAUAUCAAGCCUGGUAUGACGGUCGCAUUCUGUGGUCCUUCUGGAUCCGGCAAAUCUACCUGUGUUCAAUUGAUGCAACGUUUCUAUGAUCCUCUUGCUGGAGGAGUUUACCUGGAUGGUCACGAUAUCAAAGACUUCAAUGUAUCUUGGCUUCGUCAGCAAAUUGGUGUGGUUAGUCAAGAGCCUGUAUUAUUCAACAUGAGCAUCAAACAAAAUCUAUUGAUGGGAAGCAUGUCGUCAGACGUCACAGAACAAGAGAUCAUCAGCGCAUGCAUGAAGGCCAACUGCCACAGUUUUAUUGUUCAACUCCCCAACGGAUACGAUACAGUUGUAGGUGAACAUGGUGGUAUGCUUUCUGGUGGCCAAAAGCAACGUAUUGCUAUUGCUAGAGCUUUGGUGAAGAACCCAUCCAUCCUUCUUUUGGAUGAGGCCACUUCAGCCUUGGAUACAGCUUCAGAGAGACUUGUUCAAAGAGCCUUAGAUGCAGCUUCAGCCGAUCGAACUACUGUUGUCAUUGCCCAUAGACUAUCUACCAUCAAGAACGCCGAUCUGAUCGUUGUCAUGAAGGACGGCAAAGUCAACGAAAUCGGAAAGCACAACGACCUACUUGAGCAGAAAGGAAUAUACUAUGAACUAGUCCUCAAGCAAAAGAUCAAACUUCAAGAAGAUGCCAAAGCCCAGGGCGUAGAUGCACCAUCUGAAGUAGACCCGUUUGAUGAUGAUUCCGUCGACGAUGAGCAAUUGGAAAAGGCUCUGCAGCAAGAACAAGUCCAAUUGGCCACUAAUGUUGCGGAUGCUGAGCGUGUCGCUAAAGAAAGAGGAAAACUUGAUGCUAGAGAACUUGGGUCUUACGCGUUGAAUGCACAAAGAGAAAAGGAACUCAAGAAAGCCGCCAGGAACCAGAAGGCCCCCAUUUAUCGAGUCUUCAUGAUGAUGAGACCAGAAUGGCCCAUUCUCCUCGUAGGUACCUUCGGAUCCAUCAUUGCCGGUAUUGUCUUCCCUAGUUACGCUCUAGUGUUCUCCAGGGUUGUCAUUAUGCUUCAACAGGAUGAUCUUGCAUGGUCACCUCCGUUUCAAGGUCCUAAUUUGUACGCCUUCAUCUUCGUUGUUAUUGGUAUCGGUGCCUUCAUUGGUAACUGUACUAGAGUCAUAUGCUUUGAAUUUUCUGGAGAAAGGUUCACGGAGCGCCUAAGAGCAUUGACAUUUGACGCUAUGCUCAAGCAAGAAAUCGGCUUUUAUGACGAUGACCGUCACAGUCUUGGAGGAAUGACUUCACGUCUUGCCGUGGAUGCCGCCAAUGUCAACACACUCAUCACCAGAGUUUGGACCGACUUGGUUCAAGUCAUAGCUUGUGCUGUUGCUGGUCUCCUCAUUGCCUUUAUUAGCGGAUGGAUUUUGACUCUUAUUGUACUGGUAUGCGUCCCAUUCUUGGUUGCCGCCACCAUGUACGAGUCUAGAGUGCAUCGUGGAUAUGAAAAUGAAACAAAGACUGCAUAUGUCGACAGCGGUAAGGUCGCAGCAGAAGCCAUCAAGGAAAUCCGUACUGUAGCAUCGCUUGCCAAGCAAGGAUAUUUCGAAGAUCGAUAUGAGCUUGCCAUUUCAAGACCUCAUCAGUUGGCUCAAAAGAAAGCCUAUUUGAGUUCCGUUGCGUAUGGUGCCACCCAAGCUAUGAACAUGUUUACAAACGCCCUCGCCUUCUAUGCUGGUAUCCGCCUUAUUCAAGCUGGAAAGACCGAAUUACAACCUAUGUUUACCGUGUUGAUGGCCGUCAUGACAACUGCAAAUCAAAUGGGUAGAGCUUCUUCAUUUACCUCCACCUUACAACGAGCAAAGGCUUCUGCCAUGAACACGUUUGAAAUUCUUGAUCGAAAGCCACUCAUUGAUCCAGAAUUGGAAGGAAUAGAGCCCGAGUCAGUCGAUGGCUCGGUUGAUUUGAAGGACAUUCGCUUCGCUUACCCUGCUCGACCCAAUAUCGAAAUUUUCAAAGGAAACUUUGGAUUCCAAGGAAAGGCGAACACCAUGAUCGCGUUGGUGGGUCCAUCAGGUUGCGGUAAAUCAACCACGAUUGGUAUCUUACAACGCUGGUACGAUCCCAGCGGAGGUGUUGCGAAGGUGGAUGAUAAGAACAUUUCCGACUUUUCUCUUCAUAACCUUCGUAGUCAUAUGGCGCUGGUCAGUCAAGAGCCAGUUCUGUUCGAUAUGUCUAUUCGCGCCAACAUUGCCUUUGGUGUCGAGGACGAAAAUGUAUCCGAUGAAAAGAUCAAAGCCGCAGCCGAGAUGGCCAACAUUCUUAGUGUCAUCGAAUCCCUACCUGAAGGCUUGGAUACUAGAGUCGGUGAUAAAGGCGGUCAACUAUCAGGUGGUCAAAAGCAGCGUAUUGCCAUUGCAAGAGCGUUGAUUCGCGAUCCUGCCAUCUUGUUAUUGGACGAAGCUACGUCGGCCCUGGAUAGCGAGUCAGAAAAACUAGUGCAGCAAGCUUUGGACAAGGCUUUGUCACUUGGAAGACGAACAACAAUCACUAUUGCUCACAGAUUGUCUACUAUUCAGAACGCUGAUCUUAUUGUUGUGGUCAAGGAUGGCCAAGUCGUAGAAUCUGGUGGUCAUUUCGAGCUGUUGGCCCAGAAGGGAGUGUAUGCAGAAUUGGUACACCAACAGAACCUGAACGCAAAUUAGAUAUUUAGAAUUAUAGCGAUCCUGUUUUCUAUUUACAACAUAAUGUACAGUAUCCACAUUCCCAUUAUACUAUUACAUAUACACACUGUCUCAAGACAGUAUGAGUAUUUUACUCUUUCA